GUUACACGCAGUCCGAGUGAUUUUUGGUGAAAAAUGCAUUAAAAAGCAAUGGAAACGCCGCAAAGUAGUGACGAAAGUGCCUCGCCCUCGCUCCAAAUGGACGACGCGUUGGUAUUUUUGGUGACAGCUGACAUGAAACGGAUCAAAUGCAACAAAAGACCUCUCGUCGAAGCAAGUCCCUUCUUCGAAAACAUCUUUUCCUUCAUCGCAGACAUGGAAGAAGCCGAAACCGCAUCAAUUUUGCCCCUCAUCUACUUGGACUUUCACAGCAAGGACAUCGAACACAUCAUCGAGUUUCUCUUUUGUGACGAAAUUACGUUUGACUCGGAAACCGAUAUUGAGGCACUGCGAAUUGUCAACAAACGUCUCGAAGUUGCCGGUCUCGAUGACUAUUUGGCAGAAAAUGCCUCGGAAACGGAAGAAAAUGACGAAAUUAGUGAAUCAGCGGAGGAAAAUCCCGUCGAAGAGGAAGUUAAUAUGCAAUCGCCGUUAGAUAAGCGCAUCGAACAUGUCUUGAAGCACUAUCGGCAACAAAAUACGUGGAAAGACAUUAAAUCGACGAAAAAUAUUUUAUCCACGAACGAACGAUCGCUUUUGUUCAAAAUUCAAACGGGAAUUGUAGAAAAGGCUUUUGAUGGACAGAUUUUUCAUAUGAUGUUGACCCAUAAAGGCGUUACUUAUGAAAGUAAGGGCAAGAGCAAACAAGCAGCGACGGAUGAUAUAAUUUUGCAGUUUUUUCGCAAAAAUUACGGGAAAACGAACCAAAAAUCACAAAAUGAGAAGAAAGCUGUUGAAGUUACUCAACCUUCAGUGACAGUGCAGAAGCAAAAAGUGGUGAAAGAAGAUCCCGUUGCUGUCGUCAAACCUCCGGGCCCAGUAAAGCCGUUUCCAUAUUGCAGCUUUUUUGAUCGUGUUGAGAUUAUCUUGCGCGAAAUUAAAUGUUUUGAUUUUCUUGAUAUCCAUCUCAACAGUGGCAAACCUCCGUUACUCACACCAGAGGAAGUUACACAAAUCCGCUUCAUCUUACAAAAUUCCUUCACAACAGCGACUCCAAUCCCAGUUUAUCCAUUUUUCCGAGUCUCCGUUCUAUGCGACAACAUGGAAUUUUUCGGAAACGGCCAAUCUCUCAACGAAGCUCGGAACAACGUCGUGCUCGCAGUAGUGAACCACAUCACAAACAAAUCGCUCAAAGUCGACAAAAUCCCGAAACUUUACCCCUUGGGAGUGCCGUGGAAGGAAAAAGUCAAAGAAUUGGCACGCAUGGCAUCGGCUCAGGACAUCUCAACCGACUCCAUUCCGAUUCCCGUGGUUUUCCAACAUCUCGGAUUGUCGUUCUUGCUGAGUGCCGUGGAUCCCCUCACAGAUAACGACGAAGAAAUUUGCCGAAUUCGCGAUUUGACGGCACGUUACGCGAUUUUCAAGAUGUUCAAGUCGGCGUUCGAAGUGGAUAUUUUUGAUGGAAACGAUCGUUAA